UCUUUCUUUAUUAUUUCUUUUAAGUUUGAGUUUUAUUGUAUUUCUUUUCUAUAAUAACAAACAACACGGUGUUUUUUUUAAGUUGACAAUUAGAAUAAUAAUAAAAAAACAAUUAAAGAAACAAUUGAAUCGCAAAGAAUCGCGCAAGUGCAAAAAUUUUCAAGUGAAAGUGAUUGUUUUGGUCUCAUUCUUAAGUGAGUUUUUUAGUGUUUUUUAUAAUAAUUUUUUUUGUUUGUUUUUAUUUUACACAAAUGUUGAGUGGAUUUUUUAAGUGUCUCUUGUUUAAUUAAUUAUUAAUUUUGAUUGAUAUUGAAUAACAAGUAUAACAAAGAAAAUAAAUAAACAAGCAAUAUUAAAUAAAAUUCUAAAUUAUUACAAAAAAGAAGAAAAAAAAAAAAACAAUAAAUAAUAAAAAUAAUAAUAAAAUAACAUGUUACAACAUCAACAGCAAUCAUCACAAGUAUCUCAAGGUUAUUAUGAUUAUAAUCAACCUAGUCCUGGGAGUAUGACCAAUACAGAUUCAUUAAAUACAACACCAUUUUCAGUUAAGGAUAUUUUAAAUAUGGUUAAUCAAAACGACGGCUACGAAUAUGGAACUUUAGAAAGUACCUCACAAGCUUUAUCCUCUGCUUAUGCCACUGAAUAUGACGCACGUGUUUAUGAUGCUCAAAACCCCUUAAGCAGCAUGGUAACACAUGGUCAUCAUAUACCACCUAAUGCAGCAGCAGCGGCGGCUCAAUUUUAUCCCGCUUAUCAGGAUUAUACAGCUCCCUUGCAUACUCACAUGCCUCCUGCACCUCAUCACCAUCCUCAUCAUCAUGCAGCAGCAGCAGCGGCGGCGGCAGCUACUCCACCAACACAUCAAUCCUAUCAUGGUUACAAUCAGUAUUAUAUGCCUUCAACAGCCACAUAUCAGCCACCCGGUUAUCCAGCACCCCAAACUGCCUCCGCACAGUCACUUUAUUACAAUGCCGCCGGUUAUGAUGCCUACAAUCCUCCUAAUCCUGCUGCCCAACAAUGUCCCUCUAACACCGCCUCUACACACAUGGAUUUAUCACAAUCGUCUAGUGUUAAAAAUGAAUAUGUACCUACGCCCUAUGUAACGCCCUCGCCCACUUUGGAUCUCAAUAGUUCAACAGAGGUAGAUGUCAAUAAUACGCCUUCGUCGGCUCAAAAGAAGUCACCGUUGAGCAGUCAAACCGCCAUGCAUAGUUUAAUGGAAACUGCUAAUAAUUCCAAUUCUUUGAGAAAUAUUUCUACAGGCUUGACAACGGCCCAGUUGUAUGAACAAGGAUCUCUGCUGUCAAGACAACAGGAUAUCAAUAAGAAAAAAGAUAUCUCCUUGGUGACAUCAUCCAAAUCGGAACUACGUAAAAAUGGUAAACCUCGCUCCAAACGCAAACCCCGCGUACUCUUCUCACAGGCUCAAGUUCUAGAGCUCGAAUGUAGAUUUCGUUUGAAAAAAUAUCUAACCGGAGCCGAAAGAGAAAUUAUAGCCCAAAAACUAAAUCUAUCACCAACACAAGUUAAGAUAUGGUUUCAAAAUCGACGCUAUAAAUCGAAACGUGGAGAAAUCGAAGGCGAAGGACCAGCAGCAGUAAUGAAAAUAAAAUCGGAAAUAAUGCCUCAAAAUGUAGCAAUGUGGGGUAAUCCUUUACAACACUCGGCAACAGCACAAAGUCAUUUAGUGUCGGGACAACAACAACAACAUCAUCAGCAGCAACAGUCACAGCUCCAUAGUCAUCAUCAUCAUCAUUUGGCUCAUCAGCAGCAGCUGUAAAAUUGA